AUGGCGGUUCGAAAACUGCCCAACUCCGGUUCCACCGCAACACCCGACGGCUCUUUUAUUCGCAAUGAGCAUGUCCAAGCCCUUCCUACGAAACUAGGACUGCGCCCCGCCGACAGUGUUGUUGAGGAGCUUGGGCUGUGGCCAUCAGUCAAUAUGCCGCCAGCCCCAACCCGUAGGAUGGUGCCGAAGGACCGUUUCGGCCACUUUUUCGGUAGCUUAAAAGUGCAGCCUUAUUAUGAUCCAGCGGCGCGGGGUCCGGGUUCUCAUACUAUCCGAACACUUGCGUGGAACCCGACAGGCAGCUUGAUCGCCACUGGCUCUGUGGAUCGCACCCUACGCAUUUGGAACCCCGAGCGCACACAUGUCAAAUACUCGACGGAGCUUCGUGGGCAUUCAGCCGGUAUAGAGAAAGUGGCUUUCAACCCCGUUAAGGAAUCGGAGUUGGCAAGUUGUUCGAGCGAUAGCACAGUUCGUUUCUGGGAUGUGCGAACCAAGACUUGUAUUAGCCGCGUUGAUGUGGGAGGAGAGGCCUUUACGAUGACAUGGGCCGCUGAUGGAAGCGUGGUUCUAGUGGGUAGAAAAGUUCGUUCACCCAGUACUUGCGUAUACGUAGCCGUUUCACUUGAUGACACUUUGAUACCCAUCUCAGUCGAAUCGCCAUCUACUCCAACUUUCCAAAUAGCCACUGGCACCUCCGCCCCAACAAGCACUUUCAAAGCUCUAACCCCGCACCAGCAAUCUGUCCAAACGAACGCGGCAACCUUUUCACACUCCUUCAAUACGUCUGAUCUGGACCUCUUCCUCACAACCGGCGAUGGCACCGUAAAAGUCGUCUCCUACCCCUCUUUCGCACCUCUCCAUACAAUCCACGCGCAUACAUCUGCCUGCCUUUCAAUCGCUCUCAGCCCUACGUCUCGAUACCUAGCAGUUGGCGGCAGCGACGCUCUUAUCUCGCUCUGGGAUACUACAGACUGGUUUUGUAAACGAACCGUCUCAAGUGCCAACGGCGGUGCCGUGCGGGGUGUUAGCUGGAGCUGGGACGGUAGAUUUAUCGUCGGCGCAUGCGACGAGCCCGGUUGUGGCGGUUCCGGGCUUGAAAUUUUUCACGCUGAAACGGGAGAAAGCGUAUAUACUAUUCCCACGGGUGGCGGGUUGGGUGCUAACUCCGGCGUGAAUGGAAUAACUGGAAGCACGAGCGGCUCUGGAGUCGCGGUAGGAGUUCCGGCGGUCGCAUGGCAUCCGUCUCGGUAUUGGCUUGCUUAUUCUGUCACCGCUGAUAGCAUGGGGAGCAAUAGUGGCGGUGGUUUGAGGAUUGUGGGGGCGGGGAGCAGCGCUCCAUUGUGA